AUGUCGAAUCUUGUAGACGCUUUAAUGUCGGAGGACAACGGUGGUGGCGUCACUUCGGACGAUGGGCAAAUGCCUAUUCCCUCGUCGCCUAACUUGCCUCAGAGUGACUCGAGUGCCUUUGGUGGCUUUGGUGGAUCGAGUUCUGCUGGUAAUAAUCAUAGACGGUUUGGCGACUUCUCGGCAACUUCUAGUUCGGCUCAUCCACAGAAUAGUGACGGGUUCGGUGGUGGAAUUGGCGUUGCGGGUCCUCGUGGCGCUGGUCGACCGGGAUUUGGCAAUAACAACAACAAUAACAAUACUAAUCCAAUUGACAACGAUGACCAACCGGCUGAUAUUCGACGAGGGGCUCUGGGUCUUUCAAAUGUCCCGAGAGUUAUCGACCAUACUGGUGAACAGGUCCGUGAAUCGUUUGAAAAGUUUCUGGAAAACUUCCAGGAUGAUAGUUCUCAGGGUGGUAAACACUAUAUUGCCCAAAUUCAUGCUCUUAAAACGUAUGAACUGUCAACUUUAUAUGUCGAUGUGUUACACCUACAAAGCUACGAUUACGGUGUAUUAGCAGGUGCUAUUGCGGAUCAGUAUUAUAGAUUCUUACCAUUUUUACAAAAGGGAUUACGACGAUUAAUCAAGAAGUACGAACCUGGACUUCUCUUUCCUAGAAUGGGAUCCGGUGCCAGCUCCCAGGAUCCUUCACAAACGGGUACUAGUAUGACAUCAGCUGAGGACUCAGAGAAGAUUUUUCAAAUUGCGUUUUAUAAUUUACCACUUAUCAACCGUAUUCGAGAUCUUCGAAGUGAUAAGAUUGGCGCUUUAAUCAGUAUUUCUGGAACUGUGACCAGAACUAGUGAAGUGCGUCCUGAACUGUACAAGGCCACAUUUAUUUGUGACGCUUGUAAAUCGGUUGUCGAAGGUGUUGAGCAAGUGUUUCGAUAUACUGAACCAUACAUGUGUCCUAAUGCCACUUGUCAAAACCGUACAGCUUGGACUUUGAACGUCGCCAAGUCUCAGUUUGUCGAUUGGCAGAAAGUGCGAAUCCAAGAAAAUUCCAACGAAAUCCCCACUGGAUCUAUGCCACGGACUUUAGACGUCAUUCUCCGUGGAGAGAUUGUCGAGAGAGCCAAGGCUGGUGACAAGUGUGUAUUUACGGGUACAGAAAUUGUCAUUCCAGAUGUGGCUCAGUUGGGCCUGCCUGGUGUUAAACCCACUGCUAUUAGAGAUAGUCGUGGUGUUGGCCGUGGAGCUGAAGGUAUUAAUAGUGGAGUCAGUGGAUUAAAAGCUCUUGGAGCCAGAGACUUGACUUAUAAACUUGCCUUUUUGGCGUGUAUGGUCCAGGAAUCCGAUGCUAGUGACGCUUCUCGUGGUGAUGUUCGUGGUGAUGGCUCUCAAGGUGAAGAGGAACAGGAGCAAUUCCUCAAUUCUUUGACUAUAGAAGAGGUGGCAGAGCUAAAAGAAAUGGUUCAUUCAGAUUAUAUCUAUUCGAAACUAGUCGAUUCAAUUGCUCCUACAGUAUGGGGUCAUGAGAUCAUUAAGAAGGGAAUCUUACUUCAAUUGAUGGGUGGUGUUCAUAAGACCACUGUUGAAGGAAUCAAUCUCAGAGGUGACAUCAAUGUGUGUAUUGUUGGUGAUCCAUCGACUUCGAAAUCGCAGUUUUUAAAGUAUGUUUGUGGAUUUCUUCCUCGUGCUGUUUAUACUUCGGGUAAGGCAUCAUCAGCUGCUGGUCUUACUGCCGCAGUUGUAAAAGAUGAGGAGACUGGUGAGUUCACUAUCGAAGCAGGUGCUUUGAUGCUUGCUGACAACGGUAUUUGUGCUAUUGAUGAGUUCGAUAAAAUGGAUAUAUCCGAUCAAGUUGCCAUUCACGAAGCCAUGGAACAGCAAACCAUUUCAAUUGCCAAAGCUGGUAUUCAUGCUACUUUGAAUGCUCGUACAUCUAUUUUGGCUGCUGCCAAUCCUAUUGGUGGACGAUACAACCGUAAAACCUCGUUGCGAGCCAAUAUCAACAUGAGUGCACCUAUUAUGUCCCGUUUCGACUUGUUUUUCGUAGUUUUGGACGAUUGUAAUGAAACCAUUGACAACCAAUUAGCAAGCCAUAUUGUCGACUUACACAUGAAUCGCGAUGCAGCCAUCAAAUCCCCCUUCACCACAGAGCAGCUCCAGCGAUAUAUUCGAUAUGCUCGAACAUUUAAGCCCAAGCUGAAAAAGGAGGCCCGACUGACUCUCGUAAAGAGAUACAAGGAACUUCGACUCAACGAUUCACAAGGGUUUGGUAGAAACUCGUACCGUAUUACUGUGCGUCAACUGGAAUCCAUGAUCCGAUUGUCUGAAGCUAUUGCCAGAGCCAAUUGUGUCAAAACCAUCACCCCUGAGUUUGUCAACGAAGCCUAUCACCUCUUACGACAAUCGAUUAUCCACGUCGAUAAGGAUGAUGUUGAAGUGGACGAAGACGAAGACGCCGCUGUCGACGGUCCUGAUUCGAACAUGCUUCCCGAGGAAGACAACGAGACCGAAGGUCAACAGUCGACUCACAGCCGAACCAAGAUUACUUACGACAAGUAUGUGCACAUGAUGAACCUAAUUGUUCAACGGAUAAACCUCGAGCCCGCAGGAUCUGACGGUUUGAGAGAAGAAACCCUAUCAACCUGGUAUCUCGAGCACGAGAUCGAUAACCUCAACAGCGAAGAAGCUCUUGAAGAUGAAAAGAACCUUUUCCACAAGGUUCUUAAAAGACUAGUAAAAGACAGCAUUCUGAUCAAGGUCGUCGGACAGCAGCUAGAAGAUGGCACAAGAGAAAGCGAGUCAGCCAUCUACGCUCUCCAUCCCAAUUGUGCCAUCGUGGACGAGAUGACCGAGAACGAGCCUGCCACUGAAGCCGCCGAAGCAGCAGCCUCAGCACCAGACACCGAACCCUCUGCCGCCACGACACAAAUUGACGGCGAAGAUGACGAAGAUAACGAAUUUGCUUAA